AAAAUAUGCAAGAUGGCUGCUUGCAGGAGAAUAUCAUGUUUAGCCGGAAAAAGUAAUUUUUUCUUACAUAGGAAUUCGAAGUUUUCUUCGUCUUCAAUUGUCAAAAACGCCGGUAGCAGUAACAGUGAAAUUGUUGUACCUCUUAGAAUUGAAAGAGGCCCAACAGAUAUUCUGAAAGCGUUAGCUUCUACAAUAUCAAAGGAUUAUACCGCACCACGUUACAAAUAUGAAGAUGAUCCCUAUUUUAUUCCUGCAAGUAAUGUUGCAAAAAGAGCAUUUGCACUUUCAAAAGAAUCCGGUAAAAAAGCAGCUCGGUAUUUUCUGGAGAAAUACCCUGAGCUUUUCAAGUGCAAUACCUCUGUACCACAUAUAAAGGCAUUUGAUCCACCUGUUGUAUAUACUGAAGAGGAUGAAUUAAGCCCUGAGAUACUUUAUGAAUGUGUCCUAAAUUUAGAUGUUAAAAAUUGCAUUUUUAUAUAUACGGAAUUGAAAAAAAGAGGAGUUUUAAUAAAUCAGGAAACAAAGCAAAAUCUUCUGGAGCUCCUAUGCUUUUACAAUAAUCUUCAGCCAGUAGAAGAAGAUUAUUAUGAGGAAAGAUAUUUUCAAAAUGCUACAAAUGAAGCUAGUAGGUGGAAUAUGAAAGGAAUGGCAGAGCAGUUAUUUCUUGAUAUGGAGAAGGAUGGAAAAGCUUAUAGUGCAAUGAUAUGCGGUGCUUCAAAAUUUAAUAACCAACAAAUAGUUACUUCAUUAUUUGAUGAAAUGACAAGUAAAAAUCUAACAGGUACAACAGAAGCUUACAAUGCAAUGAUUUUAGCUGCUCCUUAUACUGCAGAAUCUGGUGAUUCUCGUUGGGAGCAUGCAUUAUACAUUUUGCGAAGCAUGCAAUCUGCUGGUGUUUCCCCUGAUCUAUACACGAUGAAUGCUGUUCUAAGUGUCUUGUCUCGAACAAAACGGUGGAAGAGAUCGAAGCAGCUCGCCUUAAACAUUUUGUCUGAAAUGAAGAGUCUACAGAUAGAGCCAAGUCUGGGUACAUACUAUCACAUACUCGAAAUUUAUAACUUGGAUUUUCCAGACAAUAGUGCUUUAUAUUCAAUAAUGAAUCAUAUUGAAGGAAAAGAGUGGUCAAUUAGGCAUCCUACUGAUGUUCGAUUUUUCUGUGCUGCUAUGGAAUUGUGUUGGAAAAAUGCCCGUGACAAAGAAUUAGCUUAUCGUAUUAACAAACUUCUGGAGUUCGGCAACAAUUGUAAACUUCUAGGCAAUGCAAUUUUAGAGUCUUUAUAUUACAAAUCCUUUUUUAGAUUAUUAUGUGAAGUUGAAGAUUUAGAUAAAAUGAUGGUGUUUUAUGAGAAGUAUGUCCCAAAUAUUUAUACUCCAGAACCAAGUGUUACUUAUGAAAUUAUACAGGCUAUUCAUUUUAAUGGGUUGUAUACUUACUUACCACGGCUCUGUUCUGAUGUCUUGAUAUUUGAACAUACUGAGAGGGAAAAUAUCCUUGUUGCUAUGACAGAGGCAGCCGGUUGUAUGAAGCAUGAUGAGCAGGUGCAAAGUCAAUUGGUUCAUAUACUAUGGCAAAUUGUGGAAAAAUUGGAAACCAGAUCCAAAGGAAGACGAACAUUGUUUAGUUGGCCAGGCACUGCUUUAGGGAAUGUUUUAAAAACUUUUAUUUAUGGUCAAGAUUUUGAAAAGGCUUGGUCAAUAGUACAGAAGUUGAAGGAUGAAGAGGACAAAAUAAUUGGACCUCCAGAGAAAGAAAGUUUGUUGAGUUUCUGUGAAAUGUGUUUCCAACUGAAAGACUUUGAUAAAGCUUUUAUUUGUGCAAAUUAUGCUGUACAAGGAAGUUAUCCAGAUUUUUAUACAGAUUUACAAAAAUUAAGUACAGAAAUGUUUAAAAACCAGAUUUUGUCUGAAGCUGAAAAAAUUCUGGUUUUAAACACAAUUGUAAGAAAAGGAGGUAUUGAAGGAAGUAGCUCUGACAGUGAAAGCUCCAGUAGCGAUUCUUCAAGUGAUGAAGAAAGUGGAAAGGAGGAAACGAGUGUUCCAAAACUGUAG